AUGUUUAAAUUCGAGAGUAUAAUUGAAUCCUUGGUUGAAAUGGUAAUCAUCUCUAAUCAUAUAUACAAGAAAAUGCAGAAGAGUAAAUCUGUCAAUAAUGACAAGGAAUUGCAGAAGGAAGAACUAACCUAACAGAUUAUAUGCUUCAUCGAAAAGAUCAUCGAAAAUACCAUAUAGGCAUUUAUACGACCAAUUGAAGAGCAAUUGAGGUCUCAAGAAACCCAAAUUCUCUAACUCCAAAGUCAAUUCAUCUCCCUGCAUCAUCCAUUUUCCCCUAAAAACAAAGAGAUUGUUAAAGUAGAAAAAUUAGAUUCUCCUAUGAGAUCUAAUGAAAUCUAAAGUAUUCCUCUAUCUUAGUAUUAUUUGAGACAAGAUGGCAGAAUUGGAAACAAAAGUUUAAUCAAUCACAAAGCAUCAGGAGACUUAUAAUGA